UUUGUGCAUAUAAAACCCUUUAGGGAACCCAAAAAAAGGGGAAAUUAUAGUCCUUCAUUAGAGAAAUGAUACACAAAGAUGACAAGCGUCAGAGGAGCCACUGAAUGCUGCAUGUGUGGAGACUAUGGUUUAUCUUCUGAGCUUUUCAAAUGCAAAAUUUGCCAAUUUAGAUCUCAACACAGAUAUUGUAGCAACUUGUAUCCAAAAGCUGAGUCAUAUCGUAUAUGCAAUUGGUGCUUGACUCCAAAGGAGGUUUCUGGAGAAAAAACACAGAACUCUUCAAAUUCUUCAUCAUCAUGUAGAAAUACUACAAGUGACAAUAUUCAAGAUGGUCCAAAGUUGAAGAAGAAGUUGAUCAUUAGAAAUGAAAAUAAUAGAAUUGGAAGCACAAGUCCAAAGGGGAAAUUAAAGGGUUCUUCUAAUUUGAAGCUUGAACUUAUCAAGAAAAACCCCAUCAAAUUACAAAAGUCUCCUUCAUUGGCUGCUAGAAAAAGGGUUACAGUUGAUGGUGUGAAUAUGGAAGAAAAAAUAAGGAGGACUAAAUCAGAGGAGAUUUCAAAUAGAGGGAUCACAAGAAAGGUACUUAAAAGUAGGGUAAGAAGAUAUAAGCUCUUGGAUGAAGUCUCAAGCUAAUGAAAAUUUUGAGAGUUUGUAGAUUUUUAUGAUUUUCUUUUUCUUUUUUGGUGUGAUAAUUUUGGUGGUUCUGAAAUUUCACACAUACAAUUUUAUGUAGAGAAAAAAAUUGGGGUUGCUUUAGAACCCUUUGAUUAUGAUUGAGAAAUUUACAAUGCAGAAAUAGGGUUCGUGGAGUACCCUAUUUAUCUUUGCCUC